CAAUCUCUGCUUGCUCUCUUUUGUAGGUUUUCUCCAAAAUCUUCAGCCAUGAGGCUCUGGAGAGCUAUCUCCCCAAGAUCCAGCUGGUGAUCAAAGACACUCUUCGGGCCUGGAGCAGCAACCCCGAGUCCAUCAACGUCUACCACGAGACCCAGAAGCUCACCUUCCGCAUGGCCAUCCGUGUUCUGCUGGGCUUCCGCAUCCCCGAUGAGGAACUCAACCGCCUCUUCGAGGUCUACCAGCAGUUCGUGGAGAACGUCUUCUCGCUGCCCGUGGAUCUGCCCUUCAGCGGCUACAGGAGGGGCAUCCGGGCGCGCGAGACGCUACAGAAGGGGCUGGAGAAAGCCAUCCAGGAGAAACUGCAGAACACGCAGGGCAAGGACUACGCCGAUGCGCUGGACAUCCUGAUAGAGAGCGGCAAAGAGCACGGCAAGGAGCUGACCAUGCAGGAGCUGAAGGAUGGCACCCUGGAGCUCAUCUUCGCCGCCUACGCCACCACCGCCAGCGCCAGCACCUCUCUGAUCAUGCAGCUCCUCAAACACCCCCGGGUCCUGGAGAAGCUGCGGGAGGAGCUGCGCAGCAAGGGCAUCCUCCACAACGGCUGCAUCUGCGAGGGCUCCCUCCGGCUCGACAACAUCAGCAGCCUCCACUACCUGGACUGCGUCAUCAAGGAGGUGCUUCGCCUCUUCACCCCCAUCUCCGGGGGAUACCGGACGGUGCUGCAAACCUUCGAGCUGGAUGGUUUCCAGAUCCCCAAAGGCUGGAGCGUGAUGUACAGCAUCCGGGACACCCAUGACACCGCCCCCGUCUUCAAGGACGUGGACAAAGCCCCGGACCGCUUCGGGCAGGGUCGCAGCGAAGACAAGGCCGGCAGGUUCCACUACCUCCCCUUCGGAGGAGGCGUACGGACCUGUCUGGGCAAGCACCUGGCCAAGCUCUUCCUCAAGGCGCUGGCCAUCGAGUUGGCCAGCACCAGCCGCUUCGAGCUCGCCACCAGGACUUUCCCCAAAAUCACCCUGGUGCCUGUGGUCCACCCGGUCGACGGACUCAAGGUCAAAUUUUUCGGACUGGAUUCCAACCAGAACGAGAUCCUGACGGGGACAGACGCCAUGCUGGGGGCGACGGUGUAAAGCCCACGCC